UACGGUGUGGCGGCCCAUUAGGGUUUAAGGAUAUAUUUGAACACUCUUCUCUUUAUUUUGAUCUUCUGCCUCCGUCUCUUCCUCUCUGCAUCGCUGCGUUUUCCGAAUCUGAAGGUAAGUAACAAUGGUGGAAAAGGCCAAGGGAAGAAAAGAAGAGGUGGUUACUCGGGAAUACACCAUCAACCUCCACAAACGUUUACAUGGCUGCACAUUCAAGAAGAAGGCUCCUAAAGCGAUUAAGGAGAUAAGGAAGUUUGCUCAGAAAGCGAUGGGGACGAACGAUGUGAGAGUGGACGUGAAGCUGAACAAGUUUGUGUGGAGCCAGGGGAUCCGGAGUGUCCCAAGGAGAAUUAGGGUUCGCGUUGCUCGCAAGAGGAACGAUGACGAGGAUGCGAAAGAGGAGCUAUACUCCCUCGUUACAGUCGUCGAAAUCCCCAAGGAGGAGAUCAAAGGUUUGGGCACCAAGGUUAUUGAUGACGAGGAUUGAUUCAUAUAUAUCUGUUGGUUAUAGUUGAUUAAUGCGGAUUUUACAUUUAUCUUCUAUUUUCUUCAGACAUUGCUGAUAUGUAGUUUCAUAAUUAUCAAUUAUUUUCAUCUGUUUUGUUGGCUUUUAGCAUCAACA